AAUUGAUCCUGCAAUAUCCCACCAUGCCUGUUCUUGGGUUUUACCGUUGGUUCCUUCUUUUCUGGCCUUCGGAAACGAAUAGUCUGUAUGUUGGAUGCCAUGGCAGCGUGCAGAUGAGGGUUCGAACCAAGUCCCUCGACAGAGCACGGUCCAGGGGACUUCGACCGAACAGAAGCGAUGUCUCGUCACCGAGCGCUUACCGCCACAACGCUGGCGCUUAGAGGCUGACCAAAUAGGCAGCCUUAUAAGUUCGCAUUUGAACUUGAGCUUUAUCCUCCACCACAAUCUUUUUGUUUCACCCGCUACACUACACAAGUACAACUAUCAUAAUAAUACCCUAAUUUACUAUGCCUCAAGAUGAUGACCUUGUCAAUCCUGGAUUACGCCGACCUGCAGACUGGGACGCCCUGCACGCCUUGGAAUCUCUCUCACCACCAAGCCCUUCCACGUCCCUCAGCGAAGAGGACUCAACAAGUUUAUGCAGCAUCGGGGAAAUUACAAUUCUUUUGCAUGAUGGAGUCAAGGCUGGCCUUGGCCUUAACCUUAGGGAUGUUACCACUGGGCCUCUAUCGGAAUCGAACCUCAUGCUACCGAGCGUCAGCAUGGAGACAUGUGGAACUUUUGGACCACGACAUAUGCUAUCGUCGGGUGGAAUGCGUCACAGUCUCUCACUAACAUUUGCUGACUGCGUUGAUAAUGCGACGUCUAUGUCAACAUGUUUCACCCAACCCUCCGUCGAAGAGACCGACACACACCGCAUCAGCGUUCUAUCACAAUUCACAGUUUCAGCGUAUCUAGCACCUGAGAUGCAGAGGAGGAACACAUCUUUGAAUCCUUCUGGCUCCGAUUGGACUCUACCAGCCUCCCCAACAUAUUCUUUAUCUGCCCCGGGGACUCAAGCAAUCAAGCGCUUGAAGUCUAAAGAAGGCCUAUCCCGCAGUGCACCCACGACUCCUAGGUCCAAAUUUGCGGCUUUGCGGUCACUAUCAUCUGUAUCAUCUAGUAUCAUAUCAGCAAUUACCAACUCGCCCCCACGUCCGAUGGAACCCAUUGACUGGGCCACCACGCUAGCAUCCAUACCUGCACGUAAAGCUCGGUGGUUCCCUCCAGAAAUUCCCGAAUCAUUUCCCCCGUUUGGUGACGCUUGUUCGGGCAAAAGGAUCAUAGCACCGAACGACUCUCCUGACCUUCUGCGCUAUCCAGAGGUAAUCACCGGGCCCGUUAACGGCUCGUCAAAGCAAGAUUAUAUUCCUUCUCGUUACCCCCCUUCUAAUGGCUCUUCUGUUCUGGCGAGAUGUUCUGGCUCGCCUCAAGGUUCUAGUUCACCUAGCUUGCGGUCCGUUGCAUCCUUUGUUGGGCAAGUUUCUCGACUUCCUCAGGCACUAUCUUGGCUUCAAGAUGUCGACCUGGAAUUCUGGAUCGAUCAGGAGUAUCGCAUCCUGCCUGAUCGCAAUUAUACCCGUUCCACGAUGACGUUGAUGGGAUACACUGCGUCAGAACACACAAUGUUCAUCGGCGAACCAGAUCCAUUGCUCCAUGCUAUAGCUGAAUUCAAGCCAGCUAUCCGACAAUCCUUUACCUUCCACUAUCAUUCUGCCUUGGACUCGCUUCCUCUUCUGAAGCGAAUUGUGACCCUUGGCGACGAUCCCAAGGAUUGCAUUUCCAGACAAGCUUUCCUUUCUUUGAAAACCAAUGGCGUAUACUUCGUGUCUGGAACGGAAGUGUAUGACUUGACUCCCUCUGUUUCACAACGUCGUUCCCGUCUUCAGCAGAAACCCACAAAGGAGCAGCCAAAGCUAGCAUGGCGCUUCGAAUACCUCGUGAAUGAUUUCAGAGACGCCAAUAACGAGAUUGUUCCUGAGCAGAAGAGCGUGACUCCUCUAAGCUUCACUUGCUCCCCAGGGCUCCUUCAUACAUCACAUGGGAAGAAGAAUAACCGAAUGUUCGACCUGCUCCGGAAGAGUCUGUUGCCAAAGAUAACUUCAGAGAAGCUGCAGGCUCCAAAACCACCGAGAUAUGUAUUAGGACUAGCAAGGACGGGUUCUCAGGAUCGCCCCACCACUUCUUCCCCCGCUGCUAAACCUAGUCAGGGGAUCUUCAGGAACGCCGUUUUGCCAGGACAUGGGAAGAUGCAAAGUCAAGUGAGAGAACAUGCGUCAAAGCAUAAGCGAUAUCAUUCGACUUCCGCCGGCAUUGUUAUUCAGGGUCGACAAGAAUACCGCGCACCUCAAGCUCCCCUUGGGAUGGGCAUCCCCACGGCUCGUAAGCGACCAAUGAGAAAAAGGGCAGUUUCGAUCGCAGGGCUAGCAGAUGUAACGGCGACCGACAGGCAGCCAAUAUCUCACGUUGAUGAGCAUGUCAAUGUCACUUCGACUAUCAAGGAUCGUCGAAGAAGCGUGACUGCGCCUGUCUUCAAGGUUGUUCGACAUAUUGUCCCGCCUGCAGAGUUGGACGGCUUAGUAUCAGUCCCUCAGGUAGAUACACGGGUGGAUCCAAGAACCGGGUUCACCUCGCUUAAACCGCCGACCUAUCAUGCUCGACAGCGACGUGUUCCGAGUCCACUUCACGUCUCGUGAGCACAUUGAAUGUGCGUCGUUACGUCGCGAGAGUGGCGACAUUUCUAGCAGGUAUCUAUAGUUAGUAGAUUGUAUACUUAUACUGAACUGCUCACGAAAAUAUCAUCUGUCCGAUUCCCAAUC